GUUUCUUUUCUAACAAAAACAGUCACCUAUGGAUAAGCAUCACUUGGUUUGUAUGAAAUCUAUUAUUUCCACCUUGAUUUCUCUGAAAACUAGGCGAUCAAUUUUCCGGCCAAAUGGAGUUUUACCGCUACAACGGCGAUGAUCGCUACUGGAGUGCUCCCCACCAUGGUUUCGAACCCGUCUCUCCAUACGAUCCCGGUGAGUCUUACUCAACCCCGUUUGACUACUCUGUAUCUACUUAUCCUGAUCCGAUUAGUUAUGCUCCUCCGUCUUACGAUUACUACCACUACUCUGUAUAUCAACCGGAGACGAACUAUAGUUGUUACGAACCGCCCCUUCUCUAUUCCCAGACCAAUUUUACAGUAUCACACUCUGAUGCGUUGUUCACUAUACCCGAAUUCGAAGAGUAUGACCCCACUCCCUACGGUGGAGGUUAUGAUCAGGCCAUGACAUACGGAAAGCCCCUUCCUCCUUCCGAUCGCAUCUGUUACCCUCGCUCGGUCCCCCAACCCAACGCCCCGGAGAAUUUCUCUUUCGAUUCAAUCCCUUCGCCCUAUGGGAAAGACCAAGACGUUACCCCAACUAACCCUAGCAAACCGGCCGAUACCAAACCUGAAACAGAUAAGAUUAUCGAUGAUGACGGGAAGGGUAGUGAGCCAGUCGAUGUGAUCCCUAUUGUUGAGCAAAGUGAUGUGAUCCCUAUUGUUGAGUAUCCAAAUUAUGGUUCUCAAAUUCCAUAUGGGUCUGGAUUGGAAGGUGUGGAUUUGUGUGAGGGUCUGUUUGGUUACUGGCCGUGCUUAGCUAAGAAGGCGCAGGCCGCGCAGCAGCAGAGGAACUGCUGCCACGUCUGUGAUCAAGAUAGGCGAAUUGAGCCGUGGGAGUCAGCCGCAGAUUAUCUUUUCGGUAGUCCGGUGCCGUAUGGUCACGACAAUUAUCACCAGUCUCUCUACCAGUAUGAUCAAAUUUCUUGACUUCAGUAAUUAUUCUUGGUAUGAUUUUCGUGUUAUUUCUUGGCUGCAAAAUAAACAUGUCUAGUUGGGUUAUUGAAUUGGGCAAUAAACUGUACUAUCCACAUUGAAGAAGCAUUGUGCAAAAUGCAAAUUGGUGGAAGGCAAAAUCAUGGCAUUUUUUUAAUAAUUUAAUUUUGUUAUUCUUGCUUUCUUCUUUGUAAAGGGAUGUGUAACCCACCUCUUAACACACUGUAAUAAUGCAAUGGCACACACUUUAUUUGCAAAA